AUGGCCGGUGACGAUGAAUUACAGGCGCCGCAGGGCCUGACCCUCCCACAGUCGGUCAGCGGCAAGCCUGUCCAGGCCGCCUGGUCCACGCCGGUGGAAGAUCCCGACGACAAGACGAGCCCGACCAAGCGGCCGACAAUCGCACACGCGGUGGCGAGCAUCAAAACGGAGGACUUUGCCAAAGUGGCUAAUGCGCCCUGCUCCCGCAACGGGUUCAUGACCGGCAUCGUCACGGGCGCGGCGGCGGGCGGGCUGAAGCUCGUCGUACGAUCAAACUGGGCUAAGGCCGCCAACUGGGCUGUGGGUAUGUUUGUGCUGGGAGCCGCGGCGUCGUACGAAUACUGCCAAUAUAGCAGACGGGUCGAAAAGAGAAACAUGAAGCGCGCGGUCGAAGUGCACGCAGAAAACCAGCGCCUGCAAGCAGCGAAGUUGGCAGAGCGCAGGGAGCUGGCGCGGAAGCUCGAGGAGCGCAAAGCCGCGGAAAGGCGAUGGUAUAAAUUUUGGUGA